AUGCGCAGUGGCUCUCGUGCCGGUGCAGCGCUCCCUGCUCGAGUUAAGGGCCGGUUCCGGCGGCACGGCGGGACUUGCGGGAGCGACCGGAAGUCCUCCAAGGCCCCGGCCCGGAAGUCCGCCAAGCCCACAGUAAAGAUGGCGCCGCCAGGACCGGAACUUGGCCGAGACAACACUAUAAAUGGCGGCCCCGGUCCGGAAGUUCGCCCCGAGGCCACACUCAAGAAGGCGCCUCAAGGACCGCAACUUAGCCGAGGCCACACGAAAGAGGGCGGCGAGAGGACCCCCCUCUCCCCCCCCCCCAUUGCCUCAGAGAGGCAUCUAUCCUGUUGCCUGGCCUCCGCCCCGAUCCGGACCCCCGCCCCACGCCCGCAGCACUGUUCGCCGCGCCGCUUCCCGCGCAGGCAGCCCCCUCUCGGCGCCGCGGCGCGCGGCGGACGCGCGAGGACCCUAGGCGCGCACACAGCGCCGCCGGCCCGCACACAGCGCCGCCUGCGCGCCCCGUUCCGCUCCGCUCCCGCCCCGCUCGGUCCCGCCGUGCCCUGGAGAUGCUCUCGGGGCUGCGCCGCCGCUUUUUCCCCCCGGAAGCGACCCACGGCGGCAGAUCCGACGGAGAUCGUCCCCGGGGCUCCCUCUUUUCCUUCGGUCGCCGUGGACGUGCCGGACGCCUCUGGCAGGACUAACCCUGUGGCUUUAAGGUCCGGCGUGCCGUGUGCCUGCAGUAUCCUGUACAAGACAAAGCUGCCUUUCCUCGUGGGAAUGGACUGGCCGGGCUUUGGCAAUCUGGCCCCUCGAAAGACUGAAGUGACCUCUUCCAAGAGGGGAAGGCUUUCUGGCAAGCGGUGCCAGAAAGAACUGGAGUUUCUGGUGAAUAAAAGCUGGAAGCGUGCCCCUGAAAAUCCCCCCCCACUGCGGGCGGUCAGUGGGCUGACUGGCACGGACCGGUGGCCUUGGCCAGGAGCGGUCCUGCGGGAAGCGCCUUUGCCCGGGCUGUCAUUUUAAUUUCCACUGGAUGCUUGGCAAA